AGUCACAUGGUGCUGCCUAACCGAGAGCUGAUGGAGCCUGAUGAGAAAGGCAGGAGGCGAGCCCCUCCGGUUGCGCGUCAGCAUCCCCUCAAAUAGGAAUCCGCUGCUGUCACUUCUGCUCUACAUACUGAGAGACGGACGACUGUAACCCCCCGAAACAACAAUCAAAGGCGAAUUUCGCUUGGCAUGCAUCUGUGUGUGUGUGUGUGUGCGUUUUUUUUUUUUUUUUAAUUUUUGCAUGUGAUGUCUAAGAAGAAGAGUAAGGGGAGACUGUGAGGAGGCUGGAGCCUUUGCGAAGAAUGAUAGUGAGGAUCGAGGCGCGCUGUCCCAGGAGAACUCAUCUGAACAGCUGGCCGCGAGAGACCGGGAUGCUCUUCUAACGCACCGGGGGGCGAGUUUUCCUGAGCAGACAGUCUGUGUGGCAGAGUUUUAGCUCGAGUGGAAGUGAGUUAGCGAGUGAGUGAGUGGGUGUCAUGGAUGACAGUGAAGCAAAUGUCGAGGACCAUCCCUACCAGAACCUGCUGCUCCUGGGAGCCAUCGCAGCAGCAUCUGCAUUUGUGGUCACCAUCCUUAUUGUCCUUGUCUGCGUUGGUUGCCAAAGAAAAAGCAAGAGCAAGCACCCCCAGGCCGGAGAGAAAGGGACAUCUGUAAAUAUGCAGGGUACACUUCGGCAUCCGAAACUGAACUCCAUGAGCAAAUCUGACACCAGGCUGCACGAGAUCAAUCGCUUUCCCUGCAAUGGAAACUCUGUUAGUAAGAGCCGUCCGGCCAGCAUGGACCUCCUGCUCCUCCACAGUCGGUGCUCCCAGACAGACCUGAGGCCCUCCCAUGGGCGCCAGCUUCCUCAGAUCCCCACCAGUCCCCAGGGAUCAGGCCAGGGGGGAGGAGGGGAAACAGGAGGAGAUGGGGUAGGAGGAGGAGGUGGAGGAGGCGGGGAGGAGGGGGAGGAGGAGGAGGAGGGGAGGCCAGAGACCACACGUACACCGAGGUGGGCCUGCGCAACAACCCUACCCCAACCCACUGCCUGGACGAUGGCCUGUACGAAAGUGGUGGGUGUCCGAGAAGGUGACACGGGCCCAAAGGUGCCCUCUGCCCCGCCGCCCACAUCAGCCAACACUCCAGCUAUAAUCAGAGCUGCCCAGAGCCCCCCAUCUCAUGCCAACGGAGCCCGCAAUGGAAACGGGCACGGGAAUGGUGGCAGAGGGAAUGGCAGAGGGAAUAGCACCAUUAACAGUCCACUGACAGGAAGAGGUAACGGGGCGAGUGGGGUUAACAGAUCCCCUCUCUCUUCUGUGAACUCACUGGCCAUUCAAGAUCCAACUGCAGCUGAGUACGCCUCCAUACGGAAGUUCAGAAAGGUUGACAAGACAAACAGGAAGGAAAAUAACGGGGCCGACAGCCAGUCAGACAGCCAAUCGAGCGUGAGCGAUUCACCCUCUGCUGCUCCCCCUCCGCUACAUCGCAGUCAGGAGUUUCCACGCAAGCCGCUGGAGCCGUUUCACCUGCACUCCUUCCCAAAGGAGGUGGUGUUCAUGGGCAAUGGGGAGCAGUAUAUCUGGAAGCCCCCAGAAGAUGAUGACAUUAUUACCUUGCACCCGCCUCCACACCAUGGAGAGAAUGGACAGGGGCACCCAUCUCCCCCAACUGCAAAGGAGAUUGCAGACACUUACUCCAUCGUGUGUAAAACCCAGAAGAAGAAACCUCCUAUGGAAAACAACGGAGCAAAGACCCUCCCACGCUCCUUCGGUGGGGAGAGGGGAAACAUGGGUGCCCGGGGCCGAGGCAGAGGAGUCCAGAGCCAGGCACGUUCCCAGGAGGAGCCCUGCUACGAGCCAGUAGGAGACAGGUCCUGGUCCACAUGCGUAGUGGCCGAGUCUGACCCUGCGUACGCUACUAUCGACUCCCACCGGAAACGUGAGCAGGUGGGAACCAAUAACAGCACAGCCGGGGGUAAUGCCACUCUGAAGAGGAAGAAGCAAACUCCCCAACAGCAGCAGCAGCAACAGCAGCAGCAACAACAGGCAGCACCGGCGGCACCUCAGGGCUCAGGACCCACCGCCCUGCCUGUCAGAGGUCUGCCUGGUGGAGAAAACUUCUAUGAGACCAUCAGCGAUGUGAAACAAGGGGCCAACAGCUCCAGCACCACCACCAUCUUCACCUUCAAUGACGGGAUGGAGAUGUACGUCACUGGCCUGUAGCUGGCUGACGGGCAACAAGGGCCCAGAACCCUCUGGUACAGAGUCAUGAAAGGGACCUCCCUGUUCACCGGCCAACAGGUUGCUGUACAUACAUACAAGGCCCUCUAUAGACAAACGACAUGAGGAUCCAUUUUGUGUUGACAUCAGGUACAAACAGGGUCUUAAUCCAGGUUCAGACUUCCCUUGAUUGGUCUGUACUUCAGAACCAGCCUAAGCCUAGUCCAGCCCAAAUAUGGACCAAAUACAUUUUGACAAAGAAAAAAAAAAAACAAAGAAAAGAAAACUGGAAUAUACAUCUUCAACCUACUGUGUCACUGACCAUAAUCACCUGUUUGUGCAUCAUUUUCCAUAAUAUCUUUAUUUUUAUAUGAACACUGUACUCUUUAAAGAGUAUGUGGUGUGACUCACAACCUGAGAAAAACACACUUUGAUAUAUAUAACAAAAGAAAAUGUGCAUGCAUUGUGCAAACACAAACACACACCUGAAAACAGACAGUAGUAGCAAGGAAGCUGGCUAUAUUGUGGGUAUUAGGCACAUUGUUAACUAUUGUCACCCAUAUACAAGGCACACACACACACACACACACACACACACACACACACACACACAUACGCCUCAACUUGUGGGGACUUAUGUAAUAUAAGCAGAUGGGUGUCACAGAGAUUUGCAGUGCUUAGCUCUCACUAAGCAAACAUCUGAAACAGGUUCUCUGCACACUGGCCUAUUGCCUGGCAGACAGCACUGUGGUGCUUUGUUCAAACACGGCCUAUAAUUUGUAGGCCUCCUUAAACACAAAAGUAACUGAAGGCUAUUGUCCCAGUUUUGCUAAUACCCAUCAAUGUGUUCUAAACUUAUUAGCAUUUACAAAUAUAACAGCCCUCAUGAUGACUUUUGCUCAAUGACGUAAGCUUCACAUAAAUUAUGAGAUUAGUGAACAAUCCAUGCUCAGAUUUGAUAAACAUCUGUAGCCAGAAGCAUGAUGACACACCCCCACACAGAUACAGAUACUUGGCAGAGUGAUGCAGGGUAAAGUGAUAGGGUCAGGGGCAUUGAGUGGGUUGUGCAAGAAUUUCCCCAGAGAGAUAUGGGUGACAGAUUUCACAAUGUGAGACCUCUACUAUAUUACUGGGAUAAAUGAGAAGAAGAAUAUUUUCAAAAAAAUAAGGAAGUGAAAGAGUGUCGAAAAUAACACAGGAUGCUUCUUCCUGUACAGUUAGUAUGUCAUGUUGUUUGGGCUCUGUAAACAUUGGAUUUUAUGACCAUUGUAAUUUUGCACCGGACAGCUGCAGGACUGGUUGGCUUAUUUGCGCAUUAACGUGCUGUAAAGGGUGUUUCCAAAUGCAGUUCUGAUUUGCUCGCUGGUCUCAAAGCCAGAGCUCCCCAUAGCUCACCAGACUUAAGUCUGGUGGUUGAAAUAGCAACAGAAGGCUUGGACUCCAAGAAAAAUAAAGAGCUGGGCAUAAAAAUUACCAGCGAGUGUCCUUUGGAAGGUUGCCCCUCACCCUCUCCCCACCCUCGUCUCCAGCCUCUGCACUGAGUUCUUUUCCAUUAUAAACAAUCUCUUUCCCAUGUAGCUUUGGGGAACAUUAAAAUAGAGAGAACAGAGGAAGAAAACAAAACAUUAGAGCCUUAAUAAAUGGGCGUAAAGAUAAGGGGUGAAGAGAGGCUCACAGGCUGAGAAAUUAAGGAUGCAUCAGAAUGAGCUCACUGUGAGACAACCAUGCAAAGAGAAAACGGGUUUAGAAAGGUUAGUAACAUAAAUUAAAUGCUACUGUGUCAGAAAGUAUGUAAAAAUAAAUGCACUCUGUAUUUUAAUGCACUGUUUAUUUUUUCUUACCUACUGACGAUGCCAUCGGUUAAAUAGCUCAUGCCACUGCCAUGAAAACAGUUUGUUUAUGUUGUUGGUGCAAUUUUUCCUGCUUGAUCAAAAAAGUGCAUGCUUUGAUAUAUGGAGAUGAAAACAAAUAUUGUGGUACUUUAUUGAUCUCGUUUGUUGAUCCUUUCUGUUGUACUUUUUUGCCAUGUGAUGCAAAGCAGCGUUCAGUUUUCUCCAAAGCAACAACUUGGAGGAGGAGGCGGGAGGGAGGGGAGAGAAAUCGAAAGAUGUAGAGAAGCCACUGAGAGUUUAGGGAGUUUAUCCUCCCCUCUGGGGGAGCGAGAAAAAGUGAUAGAAGUGGGGGAGGGAGAUGAAGAACUGCUAAUAUAAAGCUAGAUCAGGAUCACUGCAAUGGACAUGGACCUAAAGGGCCCUCCUCCUUCCAAUAUGUGUUUGCGUGCGUGCAUACUCGCACAGCAGCAGGCACACACAUACACACACACACACACACACACACACAGCCAACAUUGAGCCAUGCACGUUUCCAGUUUAAGGAGAGGAAGCACAUUUUGCUUCCACUUGGUCAGCCCUUGCAAACACUCCCUCCCCCAGCUGUGUGCAUCCUCUAGUAACCGACACAGACCUCUCUUUUCUCUGCUUCACCUCGCUCCCUCGCUUUGCAGGGGAGGGGCCUUUGAUGUCCAGUUCUGAGGGACUCAGGGAGUGAUAUGGGGGUUGAGUUGGGGGCGUGGGGGGGCAGAGGCUGUGGGUCAGGCCAACCCCAGUCUGAUAUCAACAAUGCACCAACGGCUCAACUACUGCCUGAUAUGAGAAAUGGCCAACAGCUGAGACGCUUAACAAGCUCUGCUGAGGCUACCUUUAGACAAUGCUGGCUGGAAAUCGCUAUCACACCUAAUCCUUUUUCUCUGGCUGUCACUUUAUGUGUCACAUUUUCUUUAUCCUGAGAGAAAGCACUGAUCUGAUAUAUAUUUUGUCGAACACUGUUACACACUGAUCAGGACAGAUGUUCAUUGCACAAACAAAUACAGUAUGAUGAUGUAAAUGUGUAAAAUACUCUGUUGCUGUUCUGAUGUUGUUCCAAUGUAACAUACAGUAUACAGUAUAUUUGUUGAAAAAAAAAAAGAUGGUUAUCACAGACACAUUGUACUUUGUGGAUGCAAAAUGUUUCAUGCUUUCCAUGCAGAUACAGCUGUUUGUUAAUUGUCUUCAGAUAUUAAUUAUGGGCCAAUACUGCUGUGACAGCUGUAGCCAAUGUUGUAUGUUCUUAAAGCACAGGGUUUAGUUUAAAAAUAGUAAAUAUAAUAAAAUAUAGUGACAGUGCAGAUAUGCAAAAGAUUGUAAUGUUUUAUAUUAACCUUCAUAAAAUAUUAAAGUGAGUUUUUACUUUUCUAAUAAAGUGGCACAUUAUAACGUG